GUGAAAGAGUUCUCGUGAUCUUUGUUAACAUUUAUGGAUAAGGAUCCCUAAUUCGUCUGUAGUAAAACGAUCACGAUUACCUGGAAACGAGUGGUCAUGGAGACUAGAGACGUGCCGUGAGCGAGAGUUCAUGGGAAACAAUCAAAGAAGAUGAGGAGGAGUUACAUAAAUUAUAAAAUAGCUGCAAGCAAACACAGAAUCACUCAAGAGUAAGCUGCGAUUGCACCCGCAGCACCUUUUUUUAAGUUUCAGACACACAAAACAUCUAAGCCGUAAUGCUAUGAAUGCAGAUCUAUGCUUUUUUUCAUCUUGCCAGGAACUUACAGCUAUGAAUGCAGAUCUAUGCUUUGCUUCUUUUCAUCUUGCCAGGAACUUACAGCUAUGAAUGCAGAUCUGUGCUUUCUUUCAUCUUGCCAGGAACUUACUUUCCACUUUUCUGCACUGAAUCGACGUCUGCAGCUCUGGUUUCUACUUGUUAUAGACUCCCAAUCUCAAGAAGAAAUAUGUCGUCUCCCCCAACCAGUGUAUUGAAGGGACAGACAGCACUACCUUCAGAUAAAGUUCAACAGAUUGGGCUACUUAAUGCAGUUAAUGAUAAAUAUGGAGGAGUUGUGGUGGAUAUGAAGGAACCCAUGGACUCUCACAUCUAUGUUCCUUUGCUUAGAGCUUCGAUAUCCCAAUGGAGGCAACAGGGGAAGAAGGGUGUUUGGAUCAAAUUGCCUAUUCAACAAGCUAACCUUGUUGAACCUACAGUUAAGGAGGGUUUUAGGUACCACCAUGCUGAAUCAAAUUACUUGAUGCUGGUCUAUUGGAUUCCUGACAGUCCUGAUACUCUUCCUGCAAAUGCUUCACAUAUAGUUGGCAUUGGUGCCUUUGUUAUGAACAAUAAGAGAGAGGUGCUGGUAGUUAAGGAGAAACAUGGAUACUUCAAAGGUAAAGAUGCAUGGAAGUUUCCUACAGGCGUUGUUAAUCAGGGUGAGGAUAUUUGUGCGGCUGCAAUUCGAGAAGUAAAAGAAGAGACAGGAAUUGACACAGAAUUUAUGGAAAUUUUAGCAUUCAGCCAAACCCACCAGCAAUUCCUUGGAAAAUCAGAUUUAUUUUUUGUUUGCAUGUUACAACCACUCUCCUUUGACAUCACAAAACAAGAUUCAGAGAUUAAGGCAGCCCAGUGGAUUCCAAUCGAUGAGUAUGUGAACCAAACUUACAACCGGGAACACAAGCCAUUCGAAUAUAUUGCCAAGAUAUGCUUAACUAAGUCACAGAGUAGCUAUGGUGGAUUUUCAGCAGUGCAUACACUAACAUCAUCUGGCAAACUGCCCUAUUUGUACUUCAAUGGGCAAGAUUUCAAACCGUGAUAGCAUUCUUCGUAGAAUAUGUAGUCGUGUUUGAGAAAUUAAUUAGUUAGUAUAUGAGCUAAAAUAUUCUCACUGGACUUGGUCGUGUUUAUUAGAUUAAAGAAAUAAAUAGAGUAUAUGGGUCUUUCACUUAAGCACCAAACACAGUUCAUGCAGACUCAUUGCUAUCUGCCUUCAACUGUUCAUAUGAACACUGUGCUUUUAUUUUUUUGUUCGUUGAACUUUUAAUUUUUGCAAUUUCAACCUCCAAAAUUAUAAUA